AUGCUCGAGCCUCUACCCCCGGAUCCGUACAAGUCUCUCGACCUGCCCGACAAUGCCCCGGCUGAUGCCAUCAAGAAGCGGUACCGAGAGCUGAUCCUGAAGUGCCACCCGGACAAGGUCCCCGAGUCUGAGAAGGCCGAGGCCACCAAUCGGUUCGCCGCCGUCCAGGGUGCCUGGGAGAUCCUGGGCGACGCGGGCAGGCGGGAGGGCUACCACAAGCUCGUCCAACAGCACAAGUUGGCCGAGGAGCUGACGCGCCACCAUCAGCCCUCGCGCGCCUCGGGGGGCUUCUACCCGAGUCCGCAGCCAGCUGCUGGCCACUCGCCCCCGACCUCGCACGCUUUCCCGUCUAGGGGCCCGACAAAGUCGAGCUACACCUACCGCGAUACCCAGUCGACGAGCUACACGCGCCAGCAGCCCGACUACUACGAGGACUACGCUCGCCCCACGAGGGAGCAUCGCAAGGGCACGGGCUUCGACGACAGCUCCUCGCGGGAGCGCGAGCGGGAGAAGACCAAGGAGCGGGAGAGGACUCGCGACCGGGAACGAGAUCGCGAUCGGGAACGUGAGCGUGACCGCGACCGCGACCGUGAAAGAGAGCGAGAGCGAGAUCGGGGAGAUCGCGAACGGGAUUCGGACCGUUACCGGGACGCUGAUCGUUACCGUGAGCCAGAGCGACACCGUGACGACAGGGAGUGGGAGGAGCGGCGCGAGAAGAAGACCGACAAGGACAAGCCGAAGAAGGAAAAGGAUACCCGAGACAAGAAGAAGAGGGAAGAAGAGUCGGAGAGGUUAGCCAAGGAGAGGAAAGAUGAGGAAAAGGCAGCCCGCAAGGAGGCGAGGAGGAAGGAGGAGGCUGCAGCGAAGAAGCAGCAGGAGGAGGAUGAGAGGCGAGCAAGGGAGAAGAGGAGAAUACGGAAGGAGCAAGAGAGACGAGAUGAGGAGGAGAGGCUUAAAAGAGAGGCGCUGAGGGAGAUGGAGAGGAAAGCCAAGAAGGACAAGGACCGAGCAGAUAAGGCACGCAAGGAGGCGUCGGUGUCUGUCGAGGAAAUCACAGACGACAUGGGCGGUAUGCAGAUGCGGGGGAAGAAGGAUCGGUCAAGAGACCGGGAUCGGGACCGGGAACGAGACCGAGACCGGGACAUUGCUCGCGACGGCAUCAAGAUCGAGAGGUCCUCGCGUCGGCAGGGCAGCGGUGGCUCGCCAUCGUACAUGGAGCAGGCGGCGUCGUACGAGGAUGAGAAAGCGGCCGCCAAGAGCAGGGCGAUGCUGGGCUCAAAGUAUUCCCAACAGCUCGAGUUCGCCAUGGGCCAGGGCGCCGGCGGCGGCCCCAAGGUCCAUGCGCCCAAGCUCAGCCGUGCCCACACGAUGCAGCCCGACCUCGAGACGUCAUACAUCACCCCGGCGAGCUCGUCCAUGCGCAGCCCCGGCGGGCGGCAGUACAAGCUGCCGCGGUCGGCCACGGUUGGCGUCAGCGGCAUGGCGACGGGGGCGAGCCACCACCAAGGCCGGAGGGCGUCGUACGACGAGCAUCCGAGCGACAGCCACGGCGGCACCACCUACGUCGACCUCCCGGGUUCGCCCUUCCGGUCCGCCAAGGCGGUCAGGCAAAUCGACCCCAUGACCGCGUCGACGUCGUACUACGGCGAGCCCAUCACGUCGAGCUACGGCGUCGAUACCGCCAAGUACGGCGACUGGAAUGUGCCGACGUCGGAAAGCAGGAGGUACCGCAAUCCCGCCACCUACUCGAACGGGUACUGA